CAACAAACUGUCAUCAUGGGGUGCGUUGGAGAGGACAAUCGCACAUUUCGGACCGAUGUACUGACUAGCGCAGUCUCUUCAAAAUCAUCCUGUUCAUGUGCCCACAACACAGAGACGACUGUCCGUGGAAUGUGACUUGACGUAGCCGGUGUCGGUGUCCUGUUCGUGGAUGCCAGAAUGUCAACUGCAUACCACCAACUGCGUCCAAAAACGGAAGAUUGAGGACACUGUCUGGACUGUCUCUCAGACCUGACAAAAGGAAAAUUGAGGUGGUGAUAGGACACUGAGUGGAUGAAGUGGAAGAAGCUGGAAGACGUGAUAAGUCGUUUAGUGAAUUAUGGCUAUUGUUCACAAACGUGAGGAUUGGGAGGAAAGUAGGACUGGAAAGAUCAAAGGAUUUUUGUGCAAACGACUGCCGAUACUUUCUUGGCUGCCACAGUAUGACUCGGAGAAGGCAAUCAGCGAUGCUAUUGCUGGGAUUACGGUGGGACUCACUGUCAUGCCGCAAGGACUUGCUUAUGCUAUUUUAGCGGGACUCGAGCCUCAGUAUGGAUUGUACUCUGCAUUUAUGGGCGCCAUUGUUUACGUCGUCUUUGGCUCCUGCAAAGACAUUACCAUCGGCCCGACAGCUCUGAUGGCAAUUAUGACGCAUGAGUAUGUCCAGGGAAAGAGUCCAGACUUUGCUGUUCUCCUCGCCUUUCUCGCCGGCUGUCUUCAACUCGUCAUGGCUUGUCUGCAUUUAGACGUUCUAAUCGACUUCAUCUCGAUCCCCGUGACCGUGGGCUUCACCUCAGCAACAUCCGUAAUCAUCGUGGCCUCGCAGCUGAAGGGAAUGCUGGGCCUCAAGAUCACCUCGUCAGGCUUCAUCGACACAAUCACCAAAGUUCUGAGGAACAUUGGCGACACGAAUCCCUGGGACGCCGGUAUGAGUUUCUCCUGCAUCAUUUUCCUCCUCUCCCUGAGGAAGAUGAAGGACAUAAAGUUCGGAUCGCAGAGUGGAAAGCCCUCCAGGGACCGACGAACUCUCGCUAAAAUAAUCUGGCUGAUUUCAACAGCGAGAAAUGCCAUUGUCGUCGUCGUGUGCUCGACAAUUGCUUACAAAAUGAACUCCACGACUGGCUCGCCCUUCAUCCUGACUGGACCAGUGAGAUCUGGCCUGCCACCAUUCGGUUUACCUCCAUUCUCCACGACUAGCAAUGACAAGGAGCUGAAUUUCCUGGAGAUGUGCAGCGAAUUGGGCCCAGCGAUAUUCCUGGUUCCCAUAAUUGGGGUCCUGGGGAAUGUGGCUAUUGCCAAGGCAUUCGCCAAUGGCGCUAGUGUGGAUGCUACGCAGGAAUUACUGACCCUGGGACUCUGCAACGUCCUGGGAUCUUGUGCCAGGGCCAUGCCUGUCACUGGCUCCUUCAGCAGAUCUGCUGUCAAUCAUGCCAGUGGGGUCAAGACACCCAUGGCCGGACUUUACACUGGCCUUCUCAUCAUUCUUGCACUCAGUCUUCUCACACCUUAUUUUUACUUCAUUCCCAAAGCCUCGCUGGCGGCAGUUAUAAUAUGUGCUGUUAUCUACAUGAUUGAGUACGAGGUAGUGAAACUCAUGUGGAGAUCAAGUAAGAAGGACCUGAUCCCAAUGUUCGCCACUUUCUUCCUCUGUCUUGGGAUCGGAGUCGAGUAUGGUAUUUUGGUCGGCGUGGGAAUCAAUCUCAUGUUCCUGUUGUAUCCGUCAGCCAGACCCACUAUUCACGUCGAGAAGUGUGUGACGGAGUCAGGAACAGAUUAUCUCCUAGUGACACCCGGAAACAGCCUCUACUUCCCAGCAGUAGACUUCAUAAAACAAUUUGUUGGUCACGCUGGCGUUCGAGAGGGCUCAAGCCAAUUGCCAGUUGUUGUUGAUUGCAGAUACGUUUUAGGUGCUGAUUUCACUGCAGCCAAGGGAAUUGCAGCACUCAUUGAUGAGUUCAACAUGAGGAAACAGGGACUUUAUUUCUUCAAUCCACGGUCAGACGUUGUGGCUGUUUUGCGCGGUGCCUGUGGCGAGGAUUUUCAACAUGUCGCCACUCAGGAGGAGUUGUCGUACCUUUUGUACCGAAAUCGAGAUAAAUCCUCUCGACAAUUAUCACUGAAGCGUGAUCUGUCCUGCGAGGCGCUAAUGAGCCCUGGCAUCGAGUUAACCCACCGGCCAUCCCACACAAAUUACCACGAGUUGAGUGAAGUGAAGAGAACCCUACUCCCUGCCACCGCCAGCUGAAAAGUCCAAGUCAACGUCUUCAUCCACCAGUCGUUGCAUUUUUUCUACCAAGACUUAGGAAUUACUGCAAAUAGCUUUUAUGGAGUGAAUCUCAUUGAAUCCGUCGCAAACACAAAGAUAGGAACGAAACAGGCAACAUCACACAAUGAAAAAUGAAAAUUACCUAACAGUAUUUUAAUGAGGGCGAUAGAAAAGUCAAUCGAAAAAAAUCUUUUCAAUCGAUUUAGACCUUCUGUUUUGUUACAUGACAUUUAUUAUACGGGUCCAUGAGGAAUUGAUUUUACAAAAAUAUUAAAAAGUAUAAAUAUAGAAAUAUAUGAAAAAACUA